UAAAAUGGGACGGAGGGAGUAUUAUUCUUUCAACCCAAUUCUCCAACUACUUUGUCUCUUUGAUUCUUUCAUUUAUCUCUACUCCUCUCUCAUCUCUCUCUAGAAUCUCGUUUCUUGAUCGUUCUCUUCAAUUGCAUCGAAAAAGGUAAUUUCACCAAGCAAAAGAAAUGGAUAAUUUCCUUAGAGGCGCUGGCGAGGACUCUUCCCCAAACCACCUACAAAUUGUUAGGUGCCCAUUUUUGCAGAAUAUCAAUGAGCCAACUAAUUUUUCCUUGGCCACUUCCAUGGCUUUUUCACUUCCGGUACGCGGAGCAAAAGGUCCUAUUUUUGAGGAUGGUCCCAACUUUGAUAUGGCAUUUAGGCUUUUCCAUGGGCAAAAUGGUGUUGUCCCACUUUCUGAGAGGUCAACUUUUGAAUCUUCGAAGCUUGAAUCUGAAAGUGUCCAGCCUCAGUUUAACCCUUUGGCAGCCAAAGCAGCUAGCAUCAGUUUUUCAGCAUUUGGACCAGGAGGCCCCUUUGGGUUUGAUGGAUUUUCCGAGAUGUGGAAAAAACAUAAUUUUAACUCUAAAUCUUCGAAAAAAGAAUCCUCUUCCAAGGGAGGAGGUUCAAAGCACGAAGCAAUGAGCAAUGAGUGGUUACAAACUGGAAAUUGUCCUAUGGCCAAAUCUUAUAGGGCAGUAAGUAAUGUCCUGCCACUUGUAGCGAAAGCACUUCAGCCGCCUUCUGGCAUGAAUUUGAAGUGCCCCCCUGCAAUAGUUGCCGCAAGAGCUGCUAUUUCACGAACUGCCCUGGCUAAGAAUCUUAGACCACAACCUCUGCCAGCAAAAGUACUUGCCAUCGGGGCACUGGGCAUGGCAGUGAACGUUCCUUUAGGAAUAUGGAGAGAACACACAGAGAAAUUUUCUCCCAGUUGGUUUGUGGCAGUUCAUGCAGCGGUUCCAUUCAUAGGCAUGCUUAGGAAGUCCAUAUUGAUGCCUAAAGCAGCCAUGGCAUUCACAAUAGCCGCAUCAAUUCUAGGACAGGUCAUUGGCUCCAGGGCAGAACGUUACAGGCUAAAAGCAAUUGAGGAGAAAAAGGUUACACUUCCAGAAUCUUGUGUCAGUGAAUCUGGUUUUGUUCGAGAGUCUGGUUUUGUUCGAGUUGAUGGAGGACGUUGUGGUGACGACGCUGUCGAGUGGAAAACUGUACCUUCACAGACUGGAGUAGCUUCAUCAGCUAAAGCCUUGUACUGAUGUUUGUGCGUUGCAAAACCAUUAUAAUGUAAUGCUAUGUGCUACCGAUAUGUUUUAUCUACUUUAUCCAUUUGAAAGAUGCCUCAGACUAUAUAAUACUAGUAACUAGUAAUUUGAGGGAAUAAAUGUGUGAUCAAAAUUCAUCUAUGUUUACUGCUGGAAUCAUAAAUAUAACAUUUAUACGUUUGCUGUA